ACUAAGCUUGAGUAAAGAUUCAGCCCCCACAAUAGUACAUUUCUUUUAUAAGUUGUGUUCCAAAAUAUGAGAGGGCAAAGAUUCACAAUUGAAUUCUUACUGAAUUCCAUUUUAGACGAGGUCCAGCAAGGUAAUGACCAGCCAGCGAACCACCAGGAAUCUCAAAACAAACUCCUUAAGGAAGUUGCAUUCAAGAAAAGAAGUCUGACUAAGAAGAAAAGCCAUGAAUGUAGUUCACUGGGGGAAAAGAGUGUGAGUACAAAACAUGUUCCUUCAAAAAAAAAGCUUAAAUUCGAUUCACAUGGAAAGAGUUUGAAACAGAAUUCAGACUUACCUGGUCGUAUAAGAAACUAUGCAAAAAAGAAACCUAGCGUAGCUAAAGAGCACAAGAAAUCAUUAAGCCAUAGCUUACCUGAUACAAAGAAAGACAAAAAUCAAACUGGAAAGAAACAAAAAUUCUCCAACCCUAGCUUAUCUAAUAAGCAUGACAAAACUCAAACUGGCAAGAAACAUGAGAAAUUAGCUCAUCAUAGCUCAUCCGAUACUAAAUGGGACAAAAUUCAAACUGGAGAGAAACAUGAGAAAUCAUCCAGCCAUAGCCCAUCUCCUACUAAGUGUGACAAAACUCAAACUAAAGCAAAACCCUAUGAAUGUAAUCAAUGUGGGAAGGUUCUCAGCCAUAAACAAGGACUCAUUGACCAUCAGAGAAUUCACACUGGAGAGAAACCGUAUGAAUGUAAUGAAUGUGGGAUAGCCUUUAGCCAAAAGUCACACCUCGUUGUACAUCAAAGAACUCACACUGGAGAAAAACCAUAUGAAUGUAUUCAGUGUGGCAAAGCCCACAGUCAUAAACAUGCCCUUACCGACCACCUGAGAGUUCAUACUGGGGAAAAGCCCUAUAAAUGUACUGAAUGUGGGAAAACCUUUAGACACAGCUCAAAUCUUGUUCAACAUGUGAGAUCUCAUACAGGUGAGAAGCCCUAUGAAUGUAAGGAAUGUGGAAAAUCCUUUAGGUAUAACUCAUCUCUUACUGAACAUGUGAGAACUCAUACAGGUGAAAUACCAUAUGAAUGUAAUGAAUGUGGAAAGGCCUUUAAAUAUAGCUCAUCCCUUACUAAACAUAUGAGAAUUCAUACAGGUGAGAAACCCUUUGAAUGUAAUGAAUGUGGGAAAGCUUUCAGCAAGAAGUCACACCUCCUUAUACAUCAAAGAACUCAUACUAAGGAGAAGCCCUAUAAAUGUAAUGAAUGUGGAAAAGCAUUUGGACAUAGCUCUUCUCUUACUUACCACAUGAGAACUCAUACAGGUGAAAGUCCUUUUGAAUGUAAUCAGUGUGGGAAGGCCUUCAAACAAAUUGAGGGCCUUACUCAACAUCAGAGAGUUCAUACUGGGGAGAAACCCUAUGAAUGUAAUGAAUGUGGGAAAGCUUUUAGCCAAAAGUCACACCUCAUUGUACAUCAGAGAACUCAUACUGGGGAGAGACCUUUUGAAUGUAAUGAAUGUGGAAAGGCUUUCAAUGUGAAGUCACAACUUAUUAUACAUCAGAGAUCCCACACUGGAGAGAAACCCUAUGAAUGUAAUGAAUGUGGAAAAGCUUUCAAACAAAAUGCAUCUCUUACCAAACAUGUGAAAACUCAUUCAGAAGAAAAAUCUCAUGAGUGAAAUUAAUGUGGGAAACCUUUUAAUUCAACUAAGGUUUUGUUUAACCUUAGUAGGACUCUGAAUUUUAAGGAUGUUAGAAAGCUUUUAAUAAGAAGUCAGUCAUACCUAAUUACACAUGAGAGAGUUUGAAAAUGAAUCUUAGGGGCGCCUGGGUGGCUCAGUUGGUUAAGCAACUGCCUUCGGCUCAGGUCAUGAUCCU